GUUACUGUACAUGUCGAUCACAAGUAGGAAACCUCCCCCUCUAGUGGUGAUGUCACAUCUCGUUACGCCAUUUUUGUUGGGGAGCAGUCGUGUUCAGAAAAGGAGGAUUAGAUUCAGUACAGGUACAUCAGACGGUGCCUCGUACAUUCAUCUCUCUGAGCUUUCGGGCUAACGGGGCACCCGCUCGUGCAUCACACUCACACAAUGUCGUCAGAAAACCUGGACUCGGACACUCAGGUGGACUACGAGGACGAAAAGCAGGACUCCCAGGAGAAGAAUGCGAACCCGGUGAAGGCAGAGGAGGCCAAGCUGAAGGCAAAGUACCCCGGCCUGGGCCAGAAGCCUGGAGGCUCAGACUUCCUAAUGAAGAGACUACAGAAAGGGCAAAAGUACUUCGACUCGGGCGACUACAACAUGGCCAAGGCCAAGAUGAAAAACAAGCAGCUUCCUGUGGCGGGGCCUGACAAGAACCUGGUGACCGGCGACCACAUUCCCACGCCGCAAGACCUGCCCCAGAGGAAGUCCUCCUUGGUGACCAGCAAGCUAGCCGGCUAGCCAUCAUCAUCCCAGAAGCACCCUCACUCCCUGGGGCUCCCGGCAAAAUGUCCCUCCUUUUCCUUCUUCUCCUCCUCCUCACCCAUGUCCCCAAUAUGUCCUCCCCUUCCCUUCCCUUCCCUUUUCAUCCCCCAGGCACCACUGGCUUUAACAUAUCGGGCAGAGUUGUAUAAGUUAAAACUACAUUUGCUUGUAUGUGGGUGGGGCGGGGUGGGAGGGAAGGAGGUUGAAGCGUCCCACGCGGUCGCUGCCUUUUCUGCCUUCUCACCACGCACAGCUCUGCCCCCUCUGCGCACUCUGCUCUACCGCCUCCCUUAUGUCUUGGUUUUUCGGUGUUCCAAGAUGCAUCACAGUAGGUGUGUGUUAUCGGGCAGGGGGUUGGAUGGGGUGAGUUAAUGCACUUUGUAUUCUGUAUAGUAUGUUUGGGUUUUUUUUUUUUUUUGCAUCCUGAAUGACACCAAAAUAAUGUGUGUAAGGGAGUUAGGAACCAUGAUCGCAGUGAGUUUCUUUCUGAUCUUUAUGUUCCCUAUCUAUGCUGGUUGCAGGCUUUCGGCGGGAAGAUGUAUGUGAAUAUUUGCUUGCAUACCAAAUCUGUGAUGGGCUGCCGCCUAACUUAAGAGUUCUCUGGUGUUCACUGACACCGUUAUCGGGGAUCGGGGGGGAGGGGGAAUGAUCGGAGGCUUCCUUUCAUCUCAUCCUUCGGUCACCUUUUGACAAAAAUCUGACGUCGUCUGCUGCAGCUCAGCCAAACAGGAAUUUGAAACGCCACUUUUUUUUUCUCUCUCUCUCUGCUCAUGUUGCUUUAAUUCUUGACUCCCUUUGCUCCUGUUCUCUCUUAAUAUGCUGCAUGAUUGUAACAAAAGAAAAAAAUUAACUUGUUUUUAACGGGAGUGGGACAUCUGCUUAGUGAUAGGGAAGUAUCAAAACAAAACACACGAAGCUCUGAAAUGUCCACAGUCACAUUUAUUUUCCUUCCUUUUCCUUUUUGCUGUCCUGACAAUCCAUGAACACACGCUCCUGUUUGCAGCCCAGGGCAAGAGCCAGCUGAGUAUAUCCUCGUAUUAUCUUUUUUUAAAGGCUGGGAAGCCUGCCAAUCUGUGUUCAGUCUUAGUUCGGUUGCUGUUGAGUUGCAUCAAGACGUGUGUUUACUAUGAAGCUAAAAGAUUUGUAGGGGGGGGGGGGGAUUGAAGCACCCUGCAUAGAGUGUACGCUUCUGUAAAUAAUACUCAAACAAGCACGUAAUUCCUGAUAAGCUCAGCGCUUUGAAGACCAGACCAGCUAGCAUGCCUGAGAGAAACGGUAGUGCUCACCCAGGAUUUACGACGUGGGAUUUCUGGCGUGGAAAUUCAGCGCUUUACCAAUCGAGCUAAAUUCACACUGCAGCUAUCGGGGCUCAGACAGACGGAUGCAUAUGUCUUUCCAAUGUGACAUUACCAUGUAAUCAUCUGGCUCACAUUGUGAUCAGAUGAGGCAGCCAAUCCAGUUUGGCUCACGCUGUGUUUGGAUGUCAUGGAGAUACGAACAGUAAUACGACCGCCAUUACACGGCUGCUAUAUCUGAUCACAUAAGUCAUAUUGAAGAGACAAAAGUAACCGUCGUCAUAGCCUUUAUAGUUUUGUCCCCCCAAUAGCACGUGUGCAGUAAAAAUUGUUUUGAGACAUUUGGGACCGACCAAAAGAAUGACUUAUUCUAGCUGCUUGUUACAGCUAAAAAAAGGACGUUAAUUUUGUCUUUUUUUUUCUUUUUUUUUUUUGGGAGACUGUUUUCUCCAUGUUUUAACACUUUCAAAAUGUUUAUCGCAGUGAGACAUAGCAGGUUCCUUGAACUUUUGCCCACUUUGGUAACUCACAUUGUGAAACACUAAUUUAAAUAAGAAAAUGAUACUGCUUUACAUCCCUUAAAACCAUAACUGGAGUAAAGGCCUACAUCUACUCCCAGUGCCCUGUAGAACAAUGUUGUUUUUUUUUUUCUUCCCAAACUGACACACUAUACAGACUGAUCUUUGAUCUCAGGGGUGUCAGAGGGUAAACAGCAGGCAACCUGAUAACCACAGGUGUCAAUCCAGCUCCCAAGAUCGUCAUCACGGGCUCAAAGUGGGACACUGCAUGCCUGCAGGAUACGCUCACUCCCAACACUUGGCAAAGCAGGGAGAGAUUUUAUAACAUAUGGUAAUAGGGCAAAGUGUGAGCGUGUGUCAAGUUCCACCUGUUAAAGUGGUUCAACCUCCCAAAGAGGUUAAUGAGUGAUCAAUAAAUCUGCAGACUUUGAAUGCAUGCAGUCCACACGUUCAUGAGUCUAAACCGGACGCCAGCACUCACUGAGAAUCAGCCUCCUUGUAUAAUACUGCUUCAGGGAACCUUCACGAAUGCACACUCCACCACCACCACCACCACCACGUAGGCUAGGUGAUAGGGUGCAUGCACCAUCACAUUCUCAACCUCACUUGUUUCUUUUUUUCAUCAUCGAGACUUUCAAAUGUGUCAAAUUUGCAGUGGGUGAAAGAGAACUGACCUGUACGUAUGUGCUUGUUACGGUGAUGUAUGAAUGCACUGCUUUUUCGCUGUUCCAGCCAUUGUAAAUAUACUUAAAACAGGAAGGGAUUUAUGUGUCGUUUCCCACCUGCUUUCACUCUUUCAUAGCCUGAGCUAUUUCUGAUUCAAUGGUUCCUCUCUCCUUUUUGAGUUUAACACUACUUCUGCUGUAUCUUAGUGUAUUGCAGAGGCUAUGUGAAAUCUGUAUCAUAUGAAAAUAUGUGUAAAUGCUGCUGAUUCAGUCAAAAGACAAAUCUAAGAGAUGAUACCCUGUAAAGAACACCUGUCCUCUGAUUCUACCAGUCUGACUUUCUUCUUCCCGAGUAUCUCCGUUUCAGAGUCCUUAAGCUCCUGUGGCAGUUUCAGACUGGUAAAACUUCAAUGCAAAUGCUAAAAUUCUACCAUUUAAAUUGUAAAGGUGCAUUGUUAAUCCAACUUUUUGGGUCUGGACAGAGUUUAAUAGAAAAGUCUGGAAGCCUUUAUAUUACUUUUGAAUGCCAAGAACAGACCAUUUAGCCUCAUGUUGAGUUUAAAAGCCUACAGUCUCCAGCUUUAAGAUGUAAAGAUUGCUAAAAAAAAAAAAAAAAAAAGAUAUGGGGUGUAUAAGCUACAACAUGUUUUAUGAAACAACAGUGGACAGGAGUUCUUGAACGCUACUUGACGUCUGGCUUUGCACGGAGCAGUUCAACGAGAGGAAAUAGCAGGGUAUGUUUCAAACCCAGUACACAGGGUGUCUCUCGUUCAGCUAUGAUAAACACGUGCCAGAAUGUAUAAAGAAAUGACAGGCUGUGUGCUCUGAAGUACUUUUUUUUUUGUGCUGCUUUUACCUUAUCUGUUUUCUUGUUGUUUUGCAAGUAAAUGUUUCUUUUUUUUUUUUUUUCUUGUGUUCUCUUAUUUCAUUAUUAGUAUAUUUCAUCCUUGGCCCAAGGUAACUGCAGGGAAAUCAGAGGCACCCUUGCUUCCAAGAAAAAAAAAUAAGGGUUUACAUGAUUAAAAAAAAAAAAAAAAAAAAAAAAAGGAUGACUGGA